AUGGAUUCAGAUUGUCGUGCCCGGAUUUAUGUAUCCCAAGAUUGUAGACCCAGAGAGGUUUAUAUGCAAAUUAUUAGCCAGGUUUCUGCACCCACUAAAGAGCAAGCUGAAAUAAUAGAGAAGUAUGGAGAGAACGAGUUGGGAGAUUUCCUUCAUGAUGAUUUGAAGGAGAAAAGAUAUUUGAUAGUUCUGGAUGAUGUAUGGAACUGUGUCGAUUGGGAUUUUCUUGCAAAAGUGAGCAGCAACGAUCCUGAUUGCCCUGGAAAUGUUUUUCCCAAUGGGAGUAACGGCAGCAGAUUACUUCUUACAACUCGGUAUAAGGAUGUUGCUUUGCAUGCAGAUGCUCGAACUAUUCCCCAUGAAAUGCGGCUUCUUUCGAAACAACAGAGCUGGGACUUGUUUUGUAGGAAGGCGUUCGUUGAUGCUGAUAGCGAGAGCUAUCCUCCAGAUUUGAAGGAACUUGGGGAACAAAUGGUGGACAAAUGUAAUGGUUUGCCAUUGGCCAUCGUUGUAUUGAGGGGUUUGCUGUCAAGAAAUAUGUCACAUACAGAAUGGAAGCAGGUGCACGAUAACAUUAGUGCAUACCUUGGUAAAGAAGGUCAAAUGGGAGUAAUGGCAAUGCUAAACCUGAGCUACAUCGACUUGCCACAUUACUUGAAACCAUGCUUUCUUCAUUUAAGCCUAUUCCCAGAAGAUUAUGUGAUCUCCUCGAGAAAACUGCUCCUUCUAUGGACUGCUGAGGGUUUUGUGCGAGAACAAGAUGACAGAAGAAUGAAAGACGUGGCUGAGGUUUACUUGAAUGAGUUAAUCAAUAGAAAUUUGAUUCAAGUAGUGAGAAUGAGUGUUAAUGCAAGGGUUACGAAAUGUCGGGUUCAUGACAUUGUACGAGAGUUGGCCAUUGAAAAGGCAAAAGAGUACUGUCCAGUGAAUGCUGCAUCUGAUAAAACCGUCUCUUUUGCAGGUUCAGUGAUUGUGAGCAAUUCUUCAGAGCUUCCCAAACAAGGUUUCCAGAAAAUGAAAAUGGAAAAAUGCAUUCCAAACAUGUUUUCUCUGAAAGGUCCUGAAUUUGCUGUGAUUGUCAAUUCUGUAACAUCCAAGAAAGUUGCUGCUUUGAUCACUCCCACUGUUCAAUUCAAGGAGGGUGUGCGGGCGAGCAUUACCAUGGCGACAGAGGCUGUGGUUUCCUUUGCUGUCGAAAGGAUCGGUGACAUGCUCAUUCAAGAAGCAAUUUUCUUGAAGGGGGUACGGGGGAAAGUAGAGAGGCGGAAGAAAGAUCUAGGGGCUAUGAAAUGCUUCUUGGAAGAAGCGAAGAAGAAGCAAGAAGAAGAUUUAAGAGUGCGCAAGUGGGUUUCUGAAAUCCGUGAUGCGGUUUAUGAUGUUGAGGACAUCAUAGACACGUUCAUUCUGAAUGCAGAGUCCCUGAGAACAGACUACUUUCUCAAGCGUGUCUUCAAGAAGUUGAUAAACUGCCAUAAGGUUGGCAAGAAAAUUGAAGCCAUCCAACUCAACCUCCAAGACAUCUCAAAUAGGCGGGAGGCUCUGAGAAUAAAAAAUAUUGGAGAAGGAACAAGCAGUUCGGGUCGAAUGUUGUAG